AUGUCCGAGACCACAGAGCCACAGCCAAUGUCCAGCAGGCAGAGAUGCCCCCAGGCCAAAGGUUUGGAGAGUGUGUCCCCUCUGGUGAGCUCUGUGGAGGAGAUCCCUGAGCCCAUUCCCACCACCAUCAAGGGAACUAUCCCAUCAUGGAUUAGCGGGAGCUUCCUGAGGAACGGGCCAGGGAAGUUUGAAUUUGGUCAAGACAGAUACACCCACUGGUUUGACGGCAUGGCCAUGAUGCACAGAUUUCACAUCAGAGAGGGCAAAGUCACGUACAGUAGCCGCUUCCUGAAAAGCGACUCGUACGUGCGUAACUCGGAGAAGAACCGCAUCGUGGUGUCAGAGUUCGGAACGCUGGCCAUGCCCGAUCCCUGCAAGAACAUCUUCGCGCGAUUCUUCGCACGCUUUCAGGUCCCAAAGGCCACAGACAACGCAAGCGUGCAUUUUGUCAAGUACAAGGGAGACUAUUACGUGAGCACAGAAACCAACUACAUGAGGAGAAUUGAUCCUCAAACUCUGGACACAAAGGAAAAGGUGGACUGGAGCCAGUACAUUGCGAUCAACGCAGCCACAGCUCACCCACACUACGACCGCCAAGGGGCCACUUACAACAUGGGCAACUCUCACGGCAAAGGAGGUUUCACCUACAACAUCAUCCGCGUGCCCCCACCUGAGGAGACGGGGGCAAUGGAGGACUGCGCAGACCUCUAUGGAGCCAAAGUGAUCUGCUCCAUCCGAGCGAGUGAACCCAGAAAACCCUCCUACUAUCACAGCUUCGUCAUGUCAGAGAACUACAUAGUGUUUGUGGAGCAGCCCAUAAAGCUGGACCUGCUUAAGAUCAUGCUGUACCGCAUUCAAGGGAAGAGCUUUCACAAGGUCAUGACCUGGGAGCCUCAGUAUGACACCAUCUUCCACCUGGUCAACCGGCACACUGGCAAAGAGAGUGAAGUGAAGUACCGUGCAGCUCCCAUGUUCACACUGCAUCAGAUCAACGCCUUUGAGGACAAUGGCCUCCUGGUUAUGGACAUGUGCUGCGGGGAUGACGGCGAGGUCAUCGGAGACUUUACCCUGGAGAACCUCCGCAGAGAGCCAGGAGAGGAGAUGGACAAGUUCUACAACUCACUGUGCAGAAACCUGCCAAGGAGAUAUGUCCUGCCGUUGAAUGUGGACAAACAAACCCCUAUGGACCAGAACCUGGUGACCUUGCCUAACUAUAAAGCCACAGCCAAGAUGACCAAACCCGGAGAGGUUUACAUGACCCACGAGGAACUUCAUGAUGAUGAGCUGCUGAAGUAUGGUGGCCUAGAGUUCCCUCAAAUCAACUACGAGCGCUACAACGGGCGACCUUACCGCUACUUCUACUCGUGCGGUUUUGGACACGUCUUCAGUGACUCGCUGCUCAAGAUGGACGUGCACACCAAGGAGCUUAAGGUGUGGCGGUAUCCCGGCUUGUUCCCGUCUGAACCUGUCUUUGUUGCUUUGCCUGAGGCAACAGAGGAAGAUGAUGGAGUUGUGUUGUCAGUCAUUAUCACACCACGAGAAGACAAAAGUACGUUCCUGCUCGUUCUGGAUGCUAAGACCUUCACUGAACUGGGCAGAGCAGAGGUCCCUGUCAAUAUCCCAUAUGGGACCCAUGGUGUCUUCAAUCACAUGAUCUAG